AAAACAAUCAUGUCUGGAAGAGGCAAAUCCGGAAAGACCAGAGCGAAGGCCAAGUCCCGCUCCUCCCGUGCCGGGCUCCAGUUCCCCGUGGGUCGUGUCCACAGACAUCUGAGGAAGGGCAACUACGCUCAGCGUGUCGGCGCCGGAGCUCCGGUCUACCUGGCGGCGGUGCUGGAGUACCUGACCGCUGAGAUCCUGGAGCUGGCUGGAAACGCCGCCCGGGACAACAAGAAGACCAGGAUCAUCCCCCGACACCUGCAGCUCGCCGUCCGCAACGACGAGGAGCUCAACAAGCUGCUGGGAGGAGUCACCAUCGCUCAGGGUGGUGUGCUGCCCAACAUCCAGGCUGUCCUGCUGCCCAAGAAGACCGAGAAGGCCGCCGGCAAGAAGUAAACACCUCUCUGACUGCUGGAGAAAACAACAAAAAGGCUCUUUUAAGAGCCACCCACCUCUUCUGAAAGAGUGCUCCUUCCGUACUUCAAUGAAAAAAAACGUUUUACAUUGAGCGUCAAGAAACUAUAUUAUAGGUCCCACUUAUAUAAUAGUGAAAACACUACUAAAACAUAUGGUUAACAAAUUUGUGGUAAAUUCAUGUAAUGAUUUCGCAAAUCGCAAGUUCAAAAUUAUACGUUAAACAUCUCCCCACCAUGUUUAGCACUCAUGGAUACAGGAUGCAAGAUUAUUAUACACUAUACUAAGAACUAUAAUAUAUGGUGUAUUGUUUACAGUAUUCUAU